AUGGCUUGGUUACUUUUGGCUGAGGCUGUUGCCAGUCCAGCCCUUGAUGCUGCAACCACAUCAGAUGAAGCAGAUUGGUUCUUUGCUUUCCGACAUUGGGGCUACCUCAGUGCCUUUUGCCAGAAAUACGACAAGACUGAUGGCUUGCGGCAGUACCACUGCUUGGAUAUAUUUUCCUUUUCACAACGUGUUUGCAAAACUGCGUCCAGGAAAGGUUACCAGGCAAUCGCUUACGACAUCAAGAGCAACCCAAGCUUUGAUGUAACCACCAGGGAUGGGUUUAUCCUGCUGGUCAAGAUUGGUUUGCAGUCGUUGGAGAACGCCCUGUUGAUGCUUGCACCGCCUUGCAGCUUGUUUGUCGGAAUUUCGGUGGGGACUCAUAAGCGAUCAGAAACCAAUUUGGAAGGAGACACAUCGCUCUUUAGUGUCCGUCUCAGCAACUUGAUCUUGCGAAACACCGUGACUUUCCUACUCCUCAUGGCAUACUUUCGACCGAGUUUGAAAGUGGUUAUUGAGCAGCCCAAGUCCUCCUGGAUGUUCAAGCAAUCACCAGUGAAAGAGGUGCUCCACCGCUGGAAUCUUCACAAGCACCUGACGUACUUGGGCUUCUUUGGUGCUCCCAUCUUGAAAGGGACACACUUGCUCAGUAACAUUUGCCUCCAACCUCUUGUCCGCAAAGCGACAAAAGAAGCAAAAGAACGCCAUGCGAGGCAGGUAGCCAAGACCAAUAGCAAAAAGCUGGCGGCUGGCAAAAGGGUCCCAAUUUUCUGGGUCCGCGGUCCGAAUGGAAAAUUUCAUGGCGGCCCAGAUUUGAGUGGAACGUCUCUCUACCCCCAGCGCUUUGUCACUGCCCUGAUUAAGUGCUGGGAGGAGUCCAUUCCUGCCAUUCCCUCGUGA